CCAGGAAGAAAAAAAUGACCCAAGUAUCUUCUACUCUUUUCUUCUCCUCCUUCCUUAAUUUGCUCAUUCAAAAGUAAACACUAUGGUGGUACUUGGGAAGAAGUCCCUCUCUGAAUCCAUGAACGCAAGAGUGAUAGGCUCCGGCACUGAAUCCAUGAUUCUUGCUCAUGGAUAUGGAGGCGAUCAAUCUGUGUGGGACAAACUAAUUCCUUACUUGACUAACCAUUUUACACUUCUUGUGUUCGAUUGGCCUUUCUCUGGUGCUAUAAAAGACCCAAACCUCUUUGAUCUUGAAAACUACUCUAAUCUUUCAUAUGAUGCUUUUGCUGAUGUCUUGAUAAAUCUACUUGAUGAAAUCAAGUUUAACUCCUCAUCAUCUUCUUCUUCUUCAUCUUCUUCUUCUGUUUUUGUUGGUCACUCCAUGUCUGGCAUGAUUGGAUGCAUUGCUUCUGUUAAAAGGCCUGAUCUAUUCAACAGACUCAUUCUUGUUGCAGCUUCUCCCAGGUACAUAAACACAGAGGAUUAUGAAGGAGGGUUAAACAAAUCUGAAGUCGACAACAUAAUCGAAACAAUUGGGACCAACUUCUACGACUGGGCUGAGAAAUUCGCUUCCCUUGCAAUGGACGCUAAAGAUCCUCCCUCUGCCGAUAAAUUCGCGCAGAGUUUGCAGAGAAUGAGACCGGAAAUCGCCCUCUCAGUCGCAAAAACUGUGUUCUACUGCGACGAGAGGGAGGUGCUAGAAAAAGUUGUGACCCCGUGCACUAUUGUCCAGACCAACAGUGACAUUGUGGCACCAAACUCUGUUGCUUAUUAUAUGCAGGCCAAGAUUAAGGCGGACGCAACAGUGGAGAUCAUCGACACUUUCGGCCAUUUUCCUCAUCUGACUGCACAUCUGCAGCUAAUUCAAGUGCUAAGUAGAGUUUUGGGGUUUCAAUAUUAAUUUUCAUAGCAAUAGCUAUAUAUAUAUAUAUGCAUGUAUAUAUAGUUUGAAAAUGUGUUUGUGGAUCCAUCUGUAGUGUGUGUGUGUUUUUUUUUUCCCUCUUUAAUGGUGUUUGUCAAUCUGUUUGUUUAGAGGCUUUGAUAUAUAAUAGUUUUCUUAUUUAAUAGUUAAAGAGUUUGGCUUGUAGAAUAUUGCGUUUGUGCUCAUACCAGAUUGUAAAUUAAGGUUUCCUACGGUUUGUCUAGGCCUAGUGGGCCCUUAAUUUUGGGCUAUAGUAUUAAGGUCUACAAUCUCGGCCCUUUUUA